AUGUUUCGCUCGCUGGCGCGACCGGCGCUGAGCCGUCAGCUGCUGUCCGCCCUCACAUCCCGGACACAAGACGCACAGGUCCGGGCUAAGACUUCCGCGAGCGUCCGCUUACUCGAGGACUGCCUCGAGCUCAACCACGGCGGGAUGCCGAUGCGUUUCAACUACGUGUGGCUGCGGGACCACUGCCGCUCCGCCUCGUCCUUCGACCCCUCCACCCACCAGAGGAGCGUGGACACCGGCAGCAUCGAGCUCAGCAUCCGGCCCGACGCCGCCGCGGAGGAGGACGGUCUACUCACCCUGACGUGGCCUGGUGGUCAUGUGUCAAAGUACAGCCUCGGCUGGUUAGCAGAGAACAGCUAUGAAGAAAAGGAGCAGGCCACUAUCCAGCCACGCAUCCUGUGGAACGCAGACAUUUAUAAGAAUGCAGACAUUCCAUCAGCCAAAUGGGACAAGUUCAUGAGCUGCGACAGCGAGCUGAAGAAAUUUCUCAAGAACUACCUACUGUACGGGAUCGCCUUUGUCGACGACGUUCCGACUACAGUAGAAGCUACUGAGUUGGUUACACAGAGGGUCAGUCUCAUCAGGGAGACUACAUUUGGGAGAAUGUGGUGCUUUACAUCAGAUUUUUCCAGAGGAGACUCUGCCUACAGUCAGCUGGCCCUGGACCGUCACACUGACACCUCCUACCUCCAGGAGCCAUGUGGCAUCCAAGUUUUCCAUUGUCUCAAGCACGAGGGCACUGGUGGACGGACACUACUUGUAGAUGGGUUCUACGCCGCAGAGAAACUGCGGCAACGGUCACCUGAAAACUUUGAGCUGCUUGCCCGAGUUCCCAUCAGGCACGAGUACCAAGAAAGCACAGACGGUCACCGGAACCACAUGACGGGCAUCGGUCCAGUGCUUAAAACUUACCCCUGGAACAACGAGCUCUACCUGAUACGAUAUAACAACUAUGAUCGAUCAGUGAUAAACACAAUUCCCCAUGGUACUGUCCAGUGCUGGUAUGAGGCGCAUCGAGAGCUGACAGCAGAACUACGGCGUCCAGAAAACGAGCUCUGGAUUAAACUUAAUCCAGGCAAAGUGGUUUUUAUAGACAACUGGAGGGUGUUGCAUGGGAGGGAGUCGUUCACCGGCUUGAGGCAGCUCUGUGGAUGUUAUCUGACCAGAGACGAUGUCCUCAGUUUGGCACGUUGCCUCGGUCUGCAGGCAUAA